GUAUUUGUUUUUAAUAUAUAGUUUGCAUAAUUAUGCUAUUAUCAAAUAAAUCAAAUGUUUACUUAUUUUAGUUCUACAAAAUAACAACACUUUUUCUGCGGAAGGAUAUGUAUGUGACAUAUUUGAUAGUAAUAGACGUCAUUUCCCAUUAUGCAUUUCCAUUAAUCCGCAAUUUACAAGCAUUUGUUUGUACAAUCGAAGUUUCUCUGUUGAUCUUACAAAUUGACUGGCGCUUCCAAUAUUUUCCUUUCAAUGCUAAUUGUAAAUUAUUUCAAUUUGCUAGAGAGUAAAAGCAUGCGUCUACGUUUUCCUGUCUGUCCUGGACAGCGAGAAAUGUCACAUUUGCCAUUAUGUUACGCAAAUUACGCUUGCUUUAUUUGCAUAAUGUAUCGUUUCUGCAACUGGGUAUUGAUAAACCUACUUUGCACAUUAUCACAAGUUACUAAAUUAAUUAAUUUUAUGAUAUUGUUCAUUCAUUGAUAAUGAUUGCUUUGUCGAUGCAUAGCAUUUUUCCUAGCACUUUAUUUUUGGCACAUUGGCGGCGCGGUAUUUGCAGUCUGGUGCGCCCCCUGUGUGGGUUUCUCUCCUAGAAUGUUGCUAGGAGACCAAACACAAACUCAUUUUGUGGAGAUCCCGCUAUCGUAUCUCUAGAAUUCACACAGUCUUGGCUUCCCAUUCUGAAUGAAGAGAGCGAAGUGGGCCGAGUGACACCAAAACAGCACCCCAGGAGGAGCUUGAGAGAGGAACCAUGCCAAAGAAGGGUGCAAAAAAGGGGGGAGCAGGGAAGCAGGCAGGGAUGACGGAGGAAGAGAGACUCUUGUACAUGCAGCAGAGGGCCCAGGCAGAGGACGAGAUGGCCAAAAGGAAGGAAGACAUGCUAACUCAAUUUCUCAAGGAUAAGCUGCAGAAGGAGGAGCGCAACAGUGCAGUGAACCUGCACAAGUUGACGCAGCAGUGGCGAGCAGUUCUCCGCCAGACACGGGCAGCUGAACUGCGCAGUGACAUUGCUGUGCUCAGCCAGACCUUUGAGAGGGUGCUGGACCGGAAGGACAGUGUCAUCAAGUGUUUGGUGUGUGACCUGAGUGAGGCAGAGCAGCAGUCAGCCCAGGCCCUGCGCUCUCACCUGGAGUGUGUGGACUGCCUGCUGGCCCUGCAGAAGGGUAGGCUGGCAUCCCUGGAGCAGCAGUGGAACAGUGGCCUGGAGGGACUGAGCUACGAAUUCAAUUCUGAGAGGGAGCAAAUCCUGUCCCAGCACCAGCAGGAGUGUGCUUACCUGGAGGAUGUGACCUUUGCCAUGGAGCAGUUCUACAUGGAGGUAGACGGGGAGGCUCGCCAGGACUACCAGAGCACCAGAGACGACAUCAAGAACAGGAACAUAGAGGAGAAACAUGCGUUGAGGAUCCAGUUAGAGGGGACGGUGGAGGGCCUGUGGCGUCAGUUCCAACAGGCCCUACGCAGCUACAAUGAGGCUACAGAGGACCGUCACAUCGCCUUUGAGUCGUUGAGGACCCGCGACCAGCGCAGUGCCCAGGAGAUCGAUACGCAGAUGAGGAGGCUGCAGAAGAUGCAGGACUCCAUAUCUGCUCUGCGCUCUAGGCUGAACUCCAGCCAGAAGGAGAGUGAGGGGGCAGCACGGGGCCUGAGGGCGGCCAGGGAGGAGGUGACCCUGCAGGCUCGCCAGCUCAAGGCCCAGCUGAGCCGUGCCCGCGCAGCCGAGAGGAACCAGCUCACCAACCUCACCGUGCACAGCAACGCCGCUGCCAAGAACCUACAGGGCAUCAUCACUAAGGGGGAGAGGCUGCUGCGUCUGGCUGAGAUGUGUCGUAAACUGGAGACAGAACAUGAGAAAGUCCUGCCCUUCUACACCUCAUCUCUCACUGCUGAGGAAGAGAGCCAGGAGAGAGCUAAUGCGAUGGAGACUCCAUCUGAGGAGCUGGCAAAGGCCAUGCUGGACUACCUGGUUCUGGAGCGGUUCUGGCAGCGUUAUAACAAGGUUCUGCUGGAGCGGCUGUGUUUGGAACGGGAGAGAGGAGCACUGACCCAGGAGAACCAGCAACUGCGGAUCUUACUGCGCCAGUACCUGGAUGGCAUCUCCGUUAGUGACGAGAUCCUCCGCCAUCGCAACCCCCUGCUGAUGGUGUCACGGCCCACCCUCGGCGUUCAACCCACUGCUGAUGCCCAACGCAAGCGCCACACUGUCAUUGAGGCAGCACAUGUUGUGCAGCGCACGCUGUAGACUCAAUAACAGGCUCACAUCACACACCAUCACUUCUAGAUUAACUUUAAACUGCCAGAAUGCACUCCUUCUGACAGAACUCAAUUCCUUAUUCUAUUUGUGUGUUACUUCUUUCUACCAGGUGUCUUACAAUAUCCAUAAAAUAAAAGAGGACUAUUCCAUCCGAUAAUAACAA